UCUCCGCCCUCCCGCCACCGCCCGCCCUCGCUCGCUCGCUCGCACGCCCAAGCCCGCUGUCCUCCGUCGGUUUUCUCGUUAGUCCGCCUUUGACUCCGGAGCUAUCCGGUCUACACUUCGAGCUUGCGACUCGCGGACCGGAGUCCUCGUCGUGAGGCCAGACUGGUCGUCGCCUGAGCUCAUAGUUUUUAGCAAGGACCAGUUCCCAGAAGUAUAUGUGCCCACAGUGUUUGAGAACUAUGUGGCAGAUAUUGAAGUGGAUGGAAAGCAGGUAGAGUUGGCUUUAUGGGACACAGCUGGACAGGAAGAUUAUGAUCGCCUGAGGCCUCUCUCCUACCCAGACACGGAUGUUAUACUGAUGUGUUUCUCCAUUGACAGCCCUGAUAGUUUAGAAAACAUCCCAGAAAAAUGGACCCCAGAAGUAAAGCAUUUCUGUCCCAAUGUACCCAUUAUCCUGGUUGGAAACAAGAAGGAUCUUCGGAACGAUGAGCACACAAGACGGGAGUUAGCCAAGAUGAAGCAGGAGCCAGUAAAACCUGAAGAAGGCAGAGAUAUGGCAAACAGGAUUGGCGCCUUUGGGUACAUGGAAUGUUCAGCGAAGACCAAAGAUGGAGUGAGGGAGGUUUUUGAAAUGGCCACAAGAGCUGCUCUGCAAGCCAGGCGUGGGAAGAAAAAAUCUGGGUGCCUUGUCUUGUGAAACCUUGCUGCAAGCACAGCCCUCAUGCGGUUAAUUUUGAAGUGCUGUUUAUUAAUCUUAGUGUAUGAUUACUGGCCUUUUUCAUUUAUCUAUAAUUUACCUAAGAUUACAAAUCAGAAGUCAUCUUGCUACCAGUAUUUAGAAGCCAGCAAUGAUUAUUAAUGAUGUCCAAUCCAUCUGACCUGCCAGGAUCCUUCUGACACUGCUCUAACAGCCCUCUCUGCACUCCACCUGACACACCAGGCGCUAAUUCAAAGAAUUUCUUAACUUCUUCUUUCUAGAAAGAGAAACAGUUGGUAACUUUUUUGAAUUAGGCUGUAACUACUUUUUAACUAACAUGUCCUGCCUUUAUAAUCUGUCAGUUGCAGGGAACUCUAAGGAGUCCUCACUUCAGAGCCUUACUCCUCAUGGAGUUCAUUGGCCUAGCUCUGGGGUGGGCAUCCAGUUUUUUUGAGAACAUGCUCAGCCAGAAGCCCCAAGUCCAUGCAGCUGUGGCAGUUACAGUUCUGUGGUUUCAUGUUAGUUACCUUAUAGUUACUAUGUAAUUAGUGCCACUUAAUGUAUGUUACCAAAAAUAAAUAUAUCUACCCCAGACUAGAUGUAGUAUUUUUUGUAUAAUUGGAUUUCCUAAUACUGAUAUUUGUCAUUCCCACAGAGAAUGUAUUGGUUUUUUUUAAAAAAGAAAAAAAAGUUAUUUGGAAAUAAAGUCAGAUGGGAAAUUCAUUUUUAAAAUGCCCAUUUUGUCACUUUCUCUGAUACAAGAAGGCUGUCGCCCCUUUUCAGCCCCACAUGUCCCAGUGCCCCUCUCCAGAACUGGGUUAGUAACUAGGAAUUUGGUUUGAAAAUGGCAUAGCCUGGGGCUAGGGAUUUAGCUCGGUGGUGUGCCGUCUGCCUCGAAAACACAAGGUCCUGAGUUUGAUCCCUGGUGCCAAAAAAAAAAAAAAAAAAGGCAUAGCCUUUCUCACCUGAACUGCAGGGCCUGGCUCUAUUCACAGUGCUCCUUUCUUGUCACCUAUCCAGGUGCCCUCCCCAAGAAGCCAUUGGUUCUCAGGGAUGGCACUCGGUUUUUCUCUUCUCUCCAGCUGACUAAACUUUUUUUCUGUACCAGUUAAUUUUUCCAACUAAUAGAAUAAAGGCAGUUUUCUAAA